CACACCAAGACCACCACCAUGAGUUUCUGCAAGGACUGUACCAAAGGCGUCACGCAUGAAGGCACCCCACAGGGUAAAUGGGAACUCAUAGGCGGCGUGAACACCUAUGUCGCAACGCCCGCCAUCGACUACCCCAAAGACAAAGUCGUCCUCUUCCUGACAGAUGUAUUUGGCCCACAGCUCGUCAAUGCCCAGUUGCUCGCUGAUGAUUUUGCGAGGAAUGGGUUCAAGACAAUCGUUCCAGAUUACUUGAACGGCGAUCCCAUCCCCGCUGACGCUAUGGCUCCCGGUAAAACCUUCGACAUCCAAAAAUGGUUCGUUAACCACACACAAGCCCACACCCGACCCACCCUUAACAAGGUCAUCGAGGCGCUCAAGAAGGAGGGGAUCACUACGUUUGGCGCGACUGGCUACUGCUUUGGUGGACGAUACGUGUUCGAUCUAGCAUUUGAGAACAUCAUCAGCGCGUCUGUGGUUUCUCACCCAUCUCUACUCCAAAUCCCCGCCGAUCUCGAGAAAUACUUUUCCACGUCCAAAUCACCCCUCCUUAUCAACUCAUGCACCACCGACUCCCAAUUCCCACUCGAAGCCUCCGCUCAAGCUGAUGCCAUCUUUGGUGAGGACAAGUUUGCACCAGGGUAUAAGCGGGAGUACUUUGAGGGAUUGACUCAUGGGUUCGCUGUACGGGGUGAUAUGGCGGACCCGGUUGCCAAGAAGGCAAAGGAGGGUGCGUUUGAUAGUGCUGUCAAGUGGUUUUGUGCGAAGCUUUGAGUGAAUGGUUAGGAAAAAGGAAAGAGGAAAACUGUAGUAUGUAUGUGAUAUGUACAGGUGAAUUUAUGAUGAUGGUGCUUUU